AUAGGAUCUCAGGCGCUCUACAAGCACUCUCUUACGUAGACAUCCACCAAGGAGAGAGCCGAUACAACAACACGGUUGAUCUGCUCAAACACAAAAAUCUACCUGCUUUCUGAAUCAUGUCGUUGAGCCCAAAGCACACUACGCCUUUUUCAGUGACAGAUAUUUUGAGUCCAAUCGAGGAGACCUACAAGAAGUUUAGUGGCAUGGACGGCGCAGGGAACCUAACCUCUCCACUGGGAGCCUACCGACAGCCUCAGGUGUCUCAGACCGGCAUGCAACAGCACUCCAUGGGCCAUAACGCCACCGUGGCCACCACUUACCACAUGCCGCACACCGUCUCCCAGUUCUCCCACAGCGCUAUGGGGGGAUACUGCAAUGGAAGCAUUGGCAACAUGGGAGACCUCCCGUCGUACCAGGAAAGCAUGCGGAAUAGUGCAGCAGCAACAGGGUGGUACAGCGCCAACCCUGAUCCCAGAUACUCCACAAUUUCUAGAUUCAUGGGACCUUCCACAGGUAUGAACAUGACCGGCAUGGGGAGUCUCUCAGGAAUGGCGGACGCCACCAAAUCCAUGCCAGCUCUCCACGCUGCGCCCAGGAGGAAACGGCGCGUCCUGUUCUCGCAGGCUCAGGUCUACGAGCUGGAGCGGAGGUUUAAGCAGCAGAAAUACCUGUCGGCGCCUGAGAGGGAGCACCUGGCCAGCAUGAUCCACCUGACCCCGACCCAGGUGAAGAUCUGGUUUCAGAACCACCGGUACAAGAUGAAGCGCCAGGCCAAGGACAAGGCAGCGCAGCAGCUGCAGCAGCAGCAACAGGACGGUAACCUGUGCCAACAGCAGGCGCAGUCCCCGAGGCGCGUAGCCGUGCCAGUUCUGGUGAAGGACGGUAAACCGUGCCAGAACGGCUCCAACACGCCGACGCCGAACCAGCAACAGGUACAACAGACCCAACAACAGAGCCAGCAACAGAACGGAGCCGGAGUUGUGCUCGCAUCCCCGACCAGCAGCCUCACCCAGCAUCAAAGCCAGCAGCAGGUGAACGCUUUGGAGCUGGAGGAGAUGUCGCCCAGCCCCCCCUCACUGCACAGCCAGCUCAACAUGGCCCAGAUAGACACAUCUGCUGUAGAUUACACCAGUAACAUGGUCAGCUCAAACCUCCUCUACGGCAGAACGUGGUAGGACUUAAUACAGUACUGUCACUUUUCACUUUUUCUAUGUGAACCUGCGGAUGAGCCCAUGCAAGAGCAAAUAUAUAUAUGUGAACAUAUGUCUAUAUAUGUUCAUACAUAUAUGUUCAUAUAUAAAUAUAUAUGAAGGCUGAACACGGGGGCCCUUUGGUGUUGGAGGGGACAAGGCGCACAGAGGCGCACCAGCUGAUCAGGGCACAUUUUCUUGACAUCUCUGAGAGGGGAGUCUAUUUUUGAACAUUACAGAAAUGGCUGCCCUUGAAAGCAAUUAUGUCGUUUCUGGACCUUUUGUAAUCCAUGUUUUGGACCUUCCUCAUGAUGUUUUAAACGUAGUCUAUGUUGUUGAAACAAAAAGGAAUGCUGCUUCACUUGAGUUCGGACUGGGGAGGGGGGUGAAGGUGGGAUCAGGUUUGAAGUACACUAAGCCACCACUCCUUAUUUACGGUGAUAACCUGGUAUUUUAUCAUAUUAAUAUUGUAAACUAAUGUAUUCAUUUAGACUUAUUAAAUAAAGUAGGGACUUGUAUAUUUGGCUAACACACAAGAAUGCGUUUAACUGUAUAAUAAUCGUUAUUGCGUCCACUUUUAUGUUUUCUUUAUUCUUUUGUAAGUUAAAAAGGAAAAAAAGCGUGAUGGCUGCUGUAUAUGUUUCAAAACCAAGUGAACGUUAACAAUAAAUAACUUGAAGUGUGA